GAAAUCCUCGUCAACCGGAACUCCCAUUCACUGCGCACCUAUCUAAGUCGGUCCUUUUCCGUCGUCGCCAUUGCCGAGGAUGUAUUCGGCUAGCGCUAAAAUCAUCAAACCCCAAGGGGAGAAACCCGAUGACUUUGAGUCAUCAAUCUCUCAGGCUCUGCUUGAGCUGGAGAUGAACAGUGACCUGAAGGCUCAACUUAGGGAACUCUUCAUCACUGGAGCCAAGGAAAUAGAUGUCCAGGGCAAGAAGGCUAUCAUCAUCUUUGUGCCAGUGCCACAGCUGAGACAGUACCAGAAGAUCCAGACCCGUCUUGUCAGAGAGCUGGAGAAGAAAUUCAGUGGCAAACAUGUCGUUUUCAUUGCCCAGAGGAGGAUAUUGCCGAAACCUACGAGAAAGAAUAAGGGAAAGCUGAAGCAGAAGCGACCAAGGAGCCGUACCCUGACAGCAGUACACGACAGUAUCUUGGAGGAUCUCUGCUUCCCUGCUGAGAUUGUCGGCAAGAGGAUCCGGAUCAAGCUGGAUGGAAGUAGACUCAUCAAGGUUCACCUUGACAAAAACCAGCAGACAAACAUUGAACACAAGGUAAACAUCACUUACCUCAUUCUCCCAGAUUUGGAGGCAGAAGUCUUUAGAACAAUGAUAUGACAGAUUGUGUUUGUUCACUUUUACAAGGUUGAUCAUUCUUCGUGCCAUCAAAAACUGUCUUUAGUUUGUGUUGUCCGGACCACUGUGGUAUAGCUGGAAUAAUGCUGACUGGUCUGAACAACAAUCAAUCGUCCUGUUUACCUGUGAAGAUCGUUUGAAAUUGGUCUUCUGCAACCCAUGCUUUUCCAAAGAGGUUGGUGAUGGGAUCGGUGGUCGGACUUGCUGACAUUGAUUGACACAUGGCAUCGUAUCCAAUUUGCGGAGAUGGAUGCUCAUCAUGUCAAUCACUGGAUUGUCUGAUCCAGACUUGAUUAUUUACAGAUCGCUGUCAUACAGCUGGAAUAUUGAGUUAAACAAUAAAUAAAGACCCAUCUGUUCACUUAUUAGAAAGGCACACAGAGGAAUUUUUCAAAGAUGUAUGAUAUUUGAUCUACAUACACCUUUCAAAGAAAUCUGAAAGUAGAUGGUAGGGCUACCAAUAUUUUAGGCUAACAUUUCAUCAGUUGAGAAUGCAUGUUGUGGCUGUGAUUGUUCUUAAAUUUCUAAAUCUUGAUUGUUUGACAACAUAAGUAUCAAACAGUUGGACAGCAUUUGGAUUAAUCUUCUCUUAUCCUUGAUGUCUCGGUCAGGUCACUUGGCUGUAGCGUUAAUCUCUUUUCCUUCUUUCCUAUAAUACAUCGGGUGCGGUUGGGUAGCCCAGUGGUUAAAGCGUCCGCUCGUCAUGCUGAAGACCCAGGUUUGAGAUCACCACAUUGGCACAAUGUGUGAAGCUCAUUUCUAGCGUCCCCCUGCAGUGAUACCGCUGGAAUUUUGC